GCUCUUCUCCCUUUGAACUCCACUUCCUUCUCUCGUCCCUGACUAUCUUCUGUUUCCAUCCCCGAUCCCAGCUGAAGUACAUCUAUCGAAAGUACUGAAAAUGGGGCCUCGCACACCUGCCCCACCACGCCCACCGCGCCCACCACGCCUCCUCGUCCUCGCCCUAGUCCUCCUUGGCCUCACCGCGACCGCCGUCAACCAAGUCCAUGCUGCAGCGACGCGACCCCAGGCAUUCAUCCACGCCGCUGCAGACAAUACCCCAACCUCCGUUGCAACUUCCUCGCCGACGCCAGCGCCUGCAUCCAGUGAUGGUCAGGAUACGUGCUCACAUCUAUUGGGGAGACAGGAUUGUGGAUUCCUCGGUAUCACGAAGGACCAGUGCAUCCAGCGACAGUGCUGCUGGUCUCCCUCCAGGGCACCCGUUCCCUGGUGCUUCCAGAAGAAGAAUGAAGAAUACUUCUGCACGACCGAUAUUGUCAGCCGACGCGAUUGUGGUUACAUGGGCAUCAACGCUCAGGAAUGCUACGACCGGGGAUGCUGCUGGGACUCGACCGAGAAUACCCUGAACGCCCCCUUCUGCUUCCUGAAACAACAACCCUGCAAAGGCUACACUGUCUCAUCCGUCCAAGAAUCUGACUCGGCCCUGUCGCUCUCCUUGUCCCUGAAUGGCUCUCCCGCAGACUGUGCCCGAUUUGGCCAAGACCUUCCGAACUUGAAUGUCAAGGUUGCGUUUGAGACCGAGUCCCGGAUCCGGAUCAAGAUUGUGGAUGCGAACGCGACGCGAUAUGAAAUCCCACGCGAGGCCCUGCCCCCGACGGAGGAGACCGUGAGGAAGGUUGAGAAACGUGGGUAUGCUUUCGAGUACAAGGAGAAUCCAUUUACAUUCCUGGUGAAGAGGGUUCAGGAUGGGGAGGUUGUAUUUGAUUCGAACGUGGCUGGGGUGGACUCGUUGGUAUUUGAGGAUGAGUACCUAGAGAUCUCGUCUGUGAUUCCAAAGGAAGCGAAUAUCUAUGGACUCGGGGAGGUCAUGUCGUCGUUCAGGCGGGAUCCCAAGGGUACAAGACAGACGCUUUGGGCAAGGGAUGCUCCGACACCGAAGGACCAGAACUUGUAUGGAUCUCACCCGUUCUAUAUGGAGAUGCGUAACGGAUCCACACAUGGGGUCUUCCUGAGGAAUUCAAACGGAAUGGAUGUGUUUGUGACGCCGGGCAAGGUCACGUAUAAGGUCAUUGGAGGCGUUCUGGACUUCACAGUGUUUGUAGGCCCGACCCCUGCGGAGGUGAUGGACCAGUAUACAGAAGUCAUUGGGCGACCGCAUAUGCCCCCAGCCUGGGCCAUGGGAUUCCAUCAGUCAAGAUACGGAUAUAAGAAUGUCGAGGCGGUCGAACAGGUUGUUCAACAGUACCGACAAGAGAACCUUCCAUUGGAUGGGGUCUGGAUCGAUAUCGAUUACAUGGAUCAGUAUCGGGAUUUCACAUUCGAUGAGACGAGGUACCCACAAGCCAAGGUUCGUGCACUGGCGGAGAAUUUGAAGGCGAGCAAUCAGAGCAUGAUCCUGAUUGUCGACCCCGGAAUCCCGAUUGCUCCGGGAUAUGAGCCCUAUGAUUCGGGGAUGCAGGAGGAUGUGUUUAUCAAGACCUUGACGGGUAAACCGAUCGAGGGACGUGUUUGGCCAGGACAGACAUAUUUUCCCGAUUUCUUCAACACGAACGAGACCUGGCAGUAUUGGCAGCGACAGUUGGGCAAGACCGAGGAAGCUCUGGGCGUAAAUGUGUACCCCUGGAUCGAUAUGAACGAACCGAGUAAUUUCUGUAGUGGCCCCUGUAACAAGGACGCCCCCAAUGCCCUCAAGCGGAAACGAGAGGAUGCAGCACCUCAGCAGAGUCUGAAGUAUGCGAUCAAUAACGCGGGACGACAGGCACCUCUGGACGAGAAGACGUUGGCAGAGAAUGCGGUGCAUAAGAAUGGGCUGCGGUUGACGGAUACUCAUAAUCUGUAUGGACAUAUGGAGGCGGCCGCGACGCAUCAGGCCCUGUUGAAGCUCCAGCCGGACAGGAGGCCCUUUAUCUUGACGAGAUCGUCCUUUGCCGGCACUGGCGCCUAUGCUGCCCACUGGACUGGCGAUAACUGGUCGGAUUGGGACCACUUGAAGUACUCCAUCUCUGGGAUCCUAUCCUUCGGACUCUUCGGAAUCCCCUUUGUUGGAGCCGACAUCUGCGGUUUCAACGGCAACACUACCGAAGAACUCUGUCUGCGCUGGCACCAACUCGGAUCGCUCUAUCCCUUCGCGAGAAACCACAACGAUAUCCAUGCGACGGAUCAGGAACCGUACAUGUGGCCAAAUUCGGUACUCCCGGCGACGAGACAGGCAUUGGGGAUGCGGUACUCGCUGUUGCCGUAUUUUUAUACGCUCCAUCAGCGGUCUCAUCGGACAGGACGACCUAUCUGGCAGCCCCUGUGGUUCGAGUUCCCGAAAGAUCCGGUCUCGUGGAAAGUCGAGGAGCAGUUCUUGUUGGGUGAUAACGUGCUGGUUUCACCUGCAUUGACGAAGGGACAGAUUCAGGUCAAGGCGUUCUUCCCAGGCGAUGGACAGUGGUUUGAUUUUUCGACGCUUCAAGCUGUCAUGGGCACUGGCGCAGGAGGGAAGGAUGGGAGGUAUGCGUAUUUGAGUGCGAAGGCCGAAAGCGAUCCGAUCCCAAUGUCGGUCCGUGGGGGCUCGGUUAUCCCGAUCCAGGCACCUGCACAGUCGACGGUUGCGGCGACGAGGAUGCAGCCGGUUUCGUUAAUCGUGGCCUUGGAUGUUGCGGGUACUGCUGCCGGAGAAAUGUAUGUGGACGACGGAGCUUCGGUUCAGAAUGAGUACAACGCCAUGGUCUCAUUCCAGAUGGAUCCCCAGGGACAGAAACUGAUGAGCAAGGCGGUCCUACAGUGGCCUGGCGGAAACCAAGGAGGUGGAGAUCUGAAGGGCAUGGAUCCGGCGCAGGUGGACGCGUUUAGGCGAGAGGUACAGCAUUCGGAUCGGAUUGGGAAGAUUGUAGUGGUGGGAUUGAAUUUUGCGGCGAAGCCUUCGCAGACGGACAGAUCGAGCAGCAAGAACAAGGACAGAGACCAGAAACAGAGACACUGGGAACUGCGUGCGCAGGGAAAGCAUGGGUUGCACAGGCGCGAUGUUGUAGAUCAUGGAGUCAGUGGACGUGUGCAUACGCGCGAAGGCUCUGGAGAGCGAUGGACGAAGCAGGCUUCGUUCAAACGCCGGUCCUUGGCCUCUGCGUCAGCCUCCGAGCACCGCCAGACGACUGCACAGGUCCCUUUGUUGGAGGGCCGUAACUCGACAACGACGAUGCCUGCUGCUAUAAAUGAGGCAAGGCUGACAGUGCUGGAUAUCAAUGGAGCGAGGAUUCCGUUCGGCGAUGGACUGAAUGGCGGGUUGAACGGUACGGAGGGCAAGGAUCCAGCGACAGGGGUGAGCUGGAAGGUGGAUCAGGCAGUUGGGUCGUUGACGGUUGAGGGAUUGGGAAUUGAUUUGUUUUCGGAGUGGUAUAUUCAGUGGGGUCUGGCAUAGACCAUCGUAUACAAAGGGCAAUGUAAUGUUUACGAGAUGACCAAAAUGAAUAAAAUAAAU